AUGUUGUGGUUAAAAGUAUUAGAACAUAAAAACUUAAUAGCACAUUAGUGGGAGUGUUAUGUAAGGUAAAAGAAGUUCUGAAUUAGUCACUCUUCAAAAAUUUGAUGGUAUUUUUGUUUUAAUAUGAUUGACAAUGUUUAGGAAAUGUUUGUUUUAAGUGGCAAAGUCAUUAUGUUUUGAUAUGAUAUUUUGCAGCAUACUCUUCCUAUUCCAAAUAUUAUUUUUGUAAAAAAACCAAUCAUCCCUAACGGAAACUAUUCGAAAGUGCUUUAUUUAGGCAUUAGUUAAAAAGGUUAUCAUUUUCAGCAAACUAUCUAUUUUUUAGUUCAAUCUGUAAAGCCAUUAAGACAAGGAGAGAAAUUUGAAGGCAAUCUUUAGAGAGCAAUCCUAGGGCAAGAAUUUGCAUAAUACUUCUAAAAGACCAAAAUGAUGGCCUAAAAAAAUCUAUAAGCUUAAUUCUAAUACUAAAAAUAAAAUAUUUGGAGUGAUCAAAGCCCACACUGUUUUCAAACAUUUGAAAACUAAUAUAGACGUCGGAUGUUGCUACAGGGAUACAAUCAUUGAACCCUAACAUUUUACCCUAGAAAAUUGCUUUACAAUAUCGCGAGUGUGGGAGAUUUACCACAUUGAGAUUUUCUAUAGAUUUAAUAAGUUCUAUAUCAAAAAAGUGCUCCAAAGAAAAUUUUUUUGACAUUGCUAUUGUGAAAAUUUAAGUUGCUUAGUUGAAUAAUCAAAAUUACAUCAACUUGAGAGGUAUUUAUGGUUUGGGAUAGGUGCAGCCAAUAUUAUCUUUUGAUGAUUGGCUAAACAGUGCCACUAAAGGAUAAUUACAAAAUGAAUCCUCCUAGCAGACAAUUUUUACAUUUCUUAUGAGAUCUAUGGCGAGUAAUAUCAAUCAAGGAUUCCAAAAUGCUACGAGAUUCUUAGUAUGAAAAAUAGGGUAUUGGAAUACAUUCGACUACUCUACUUAUCCUAAGGCAGAAGUUAGAAAAACUACUAGAAAUGGAAUUUUAAG